AUCUUCAAAGUUAUAACUAGUGGUCAUUUUAGUAGUCGCCUUAUCCUUGUUGAUGCUGCCGGAGUUCCAGUUGUAUCUCUAAAACCAAUGAAAUGGUCUCCACAUCAGAGAUGGAAAGUAUACAAUGGAGAUAGCUCAGACUCGAAAGAUUUGUUGUUUACCGUAAAGAAAUCUCACUAUCUACAAUUCAAGAUUGAAUUGGAUGUGUUUUUAUCAUCUAACAAAGACGAAGAUAUAUGUGACUUUAAGGUUAAACAAAACCUUAGUGAGAAAUCUUGUGUUAUUUAUCAAGGGAAUUCAGAUAACAUCAUUGCUGAGAUGCACAAAAACAAGGAUGUCCGAGAUAAAGUUCACGGGAAGGACGCAUUCUUAGUCACUGUCAACCAGAAUGUUGAUUGUGCAUUUGUUAUCGCUAUAAGUGCGGUUCUUAAUGAGGUUAAUAAGCCCAGUAGCAUGAGCAGGGGCGCGGCCGGUGGCUGAUGUGGAUAUUGGGAAGAUAUCGGAGGAUGUUAGCUCAAUUAAGGAUAUUUAUUUAUUUUUUGUCAAUCAUUUGGAAUUUUGGUUUUCAUGAAUUCUAAAUCCAGUCUUCCACAUCAAUGCACUGUUGUAUUAUAGCCACAUUCACCUUUUAUUUUCAGAAGUUGUAUAUUGUAAAUACUCUUGUAAAUUGAUCCCAAAUUGAGAAAAUAAUUAUGCACAAUGCUGUGAGCAGGAUGUAUUAUUUUUCUUAAUGCCUAAAAGUUAUUUGUGUGUA